AUGAAUGAUGGCGCUAAACAUGCAGGAGCUAGCAACAUCAAGUGCUACGAUUGUAAAGAGAUGGGGCACACAGCUGGGGAGUGUAAAAUACCGUGCGGCGAGAGAGGGUGCGGUAGCAGCGAACACACGUCGUACACAUGCCCCAUGCGCAUAGCCCGGCAGAAACGUGGGGACCCACCACCCCAUUUAGCGGCUUAUGACUGCUACAAAUGCGGGAAUAUGGGGCAUUUUGCUGCCGGGUGUGUACUACCGUGUAGGUGGUGCAAGGUGGUGAUGCAAGGCCAUCAGGCCCGUUAUUGCCCAAAGCGGGUAAAGGCUGCAGAAAAGCCCCAGACGUCCCAGAAGGCUGGAAAUGAGGCCGCCCCUACAACACCCCCGAAGGAGGAAGAAGACGCCCCAGCUGUUGCUGCAGCUGACGCCGUAACACCUACGAAGGUGCAAGGCACCCCGGCCGUGCCCCCACCCCGCCCCUCCAAAAGAAAGCGGCCGGCAGCCCUAGUGACCCCGGUAAAGAAACGCCGGGGUGUGAUAAAAAUAGUAGCGACAGUGAUGAUGGCGGGGAUUUAA